UAAAAAUCAGAGAACACAUUUUUGUGAUUAAAAUUAAAAUUUUUAAUUUAACUUUGCUUUCCUUACAGUGAAGUGUUUCCUUUGUUUUUCCAGUCGCUUAAUAGAUAACGUCGAUACAGUUUAUCAAAAGUGAAAAUGGAAAACGAUCAGGAUAUUCACAAAGUUGUGAACCAAUUUUCGACUUUAAAUGUUAAUGCUGUAGAAUUUGUUCCAAGCUUUGUCGUUUCGGCACCAAAAGAUAUAGAAGAAUCAAGUAUUGAAGAUCCACCGCCUUCAGUCCAAAUUAAGCCUGUUGAAACACCAGAGAAUAAUGGAAAUAUUGCUGAAAUUGAGCCACUCGAUACAUGGGAUGAGGAUGAAACGAUUUUGACUCCAGAUGGCGAGGAGGAAGAUAUGGAGACAGAAGAUGAUCCUUUACCAAAACCAUCAACAAAAAGAAAACCACCGAAAGUGGAAGAAAGCUGUAGCAAGAAGGAGCAUGUGAAUGUUGUUUUUAUUGGACAUGUUGAUGCUGGAAAGUCUACGAUUGGAGGUCAAAUAAUGUCUCUGACUGGCAUGGUUGAUAAACGUACAUUAGAAAAAUAUGAACGAGAAGCUCGCGAGAAAUCUAGAGAAAGCUGGUAUCUCUCGUGGGCUUUGGAUACAAAUCAAGAAGAGCGAGAUAAAGGCAAAACUGUCGAAGUUGGUCGAGCAUUCUUUGAGACUGAUAGAAAGCACUUUACCAUCCUUGAUGCUCCUGGACACAAAAGCUUUGUCCCUAAUAUGAUUGGUGGUGCUGCUCAAGCUGAUCUAGCAGUUUUGGUUAUUUCCGCCCGAAAAGGAGAGUUCGAGACAGGAUUUGAUAGGGGAGGUCAAACUCGUGAGCAUGCUAUGUUGGCAAAAACAGCCGGCGUUAAACACUUGGUAGUUUUAGUCAAUAAAAUGGAUGACCCAACAGUUAACUGGGAAGAAGUGCGCUACAACGAAUGUAAAGAUAAAAUUUUACCAUAUCUUAAAAAACUUGGAUUUAAAGCAAAGGACUUGACAUUUAUGCCGGUAUCAGGAAUAACGGGACAAGGACUUCGAGAUGUUGUCGACAAAAAUAUGUGUCCGUGGUAUGACGGUCCAGCAUUCAUUCCCUUCAUUGAUGAUCUUCCUUCAAUGAAUCGCAAAACUGACGGUCCAUUCAUUAUGCCUAUUGUCGAUAAAUAUAAGGACAUGGGAACUGUAGUAAUGGGAAAAGUUGAAAGCGGAGUAGCGAAGAAGGGACAAAAUUUGUUGGUGAUGCCUAACCGAACUCAAGUAGCAGUCGAUCAAUUAUGGUCUGAUGAAGAAGAAGUAACAUCAGUAAGUCCUGGUGAAAAUGUAAAAAUUAAACUCAAAGGUAUCGAGGAAGAGGACGUUUCUCCCGGAUUUGUUUUAUGCGAUGCUUCCAACCCAAUCAAAACAGGCAAAAUAUUCGAUGCCCAAGUAGUUAUUUUAGAGCAUAAAUCAAUUAUCUGUGCAGGAUACUCAGCCGUUAUGCACAUUCAUUGCGCAGCUGAAGAAGUCACUGUUAAAGCCCUUAUUUGUUUAGUAGAUAAAAAAUCUGGUGACAAAUCGAAAACACGACCAAGAUUUGUAAAACAAGAUCAAGUUGCAAUCAUGAGAAUUGAAUGUUCGGGUAUGAUUUGCUUAGAACAAUUUAAGCUCUUCCCACAAAUGGGUCGAUUUACAUUGCGUGACGAAAACAAAACAAUCGCCAUCGGAAAAGUGUUAAAAGUUAUUGAAUAAAUAUUUGCGCUCUUUUACAAGUUACUAUAAUGGAUAUAAAAAGAAACAUUUUUAUACAAUUUGCAACAGGAAACACACAAAUGAAAAAAAAAAGAAAACAAAAAAAUGAAAAAUGAUAUAAAAAAAAUCCUUGUAAGCUUACACAUCUGAAACGUGAAAAAGUUUUGGCUUUUCAAAUCUUCCAUUUUUUUCUUCAACAAAGGAAUCUCGGACAUUCGCGACAGAUUUAACGCCUCAAUUUCCUCGACAACAAAAUUUGUUUAUGUUUAAAAUGGUUUAAUAAUUUUCUCGAGUAGUUUUCAGUUGUAUGAACAAUCUUAUUUAUAUCCCAACAACCUAUUAUAUAUAUAUAUAUAAUUAUAUACAUGAGAACAUUUGAGGAUGACAAAAAUGUUCACGAUUUUUCGUAAUUCCAAAAAAGAAUUGGAAGUUUUGAGAAAUCUCAGUAAAAAGUUCUAAUGUUAAAUAAAGAGAAAUUGUGUAAAUUGAUAUGCGAUGUAAAAGAUCAUAAACAGGCAUGAUAAUAAUAUAAUAAAUGAUGGCAUCUUAAGUGAUCUUGUAAAGAAUAACCAGAGCCUGAUAUGAAUUAAAGUCCUCUGGAAGAACAUAAUGAAUUGUUACAUUGCUUUUUGCUUGAUGAAUCCUUAAAGAAUUUUCAUUCGUAUCGUUUCAAAAAAAAAAUUCAAUUUCAUCUCCCUUAUCCUGUUUUCUUUAAUAUAUUUAUUAGGAGUGCUUAAGAAAAUAACGAAUUCCAGAAAUUUGAAACCUC